AUGGCACCAGCGGAGUUGAAGGAGCGGGUACAUGAAUUUCUUGAUAAGGGUUUCAUCAGGCCUAUCAUGUCACCUUGGGAUUCACGGAUGCUAUUUGUGAAGAAGAAAGAUGGUUCUAUGUGGAUGUGCAUUAACUACAUGUAUUUGAACAAGGUUAACCAGUGCCUUAACAGCUUCAUGCACUUGAUGAAUAGAGCAUUUCAGACUUAUCUGGGUUCCUUUGUCAUUGUAUUUAUUGAUGAUAUAUUGGUUUUUUCUCGCAGUUUGGAGGAGCAUGAGCAACACUUGAGGAUUGUGGUCCAGAUUUUGAGGGAGAAGAAGUUAUAUGCUAAAUUCUCCAAGUUCGAGUUCUGGUUAGACUCGGUGGUGUUCUUGGGCCACGUGGCCUUAUAUAGGAGGCAAUGUCAUUCUCUCAUGGGUUGGUUUGAGCCCGGGGAGGCAAAAUUGUUGGGCACUGAUAUAGUUCGGGAUGCAAAGAUAAAAUUAAUUCAGGAGCUGCUUCGUAUAGCGUAG